UUUGCCUGAAAGGGGUAAAAUCAAUAAGAGGGAGAUCGUCUCUGAUCAAACAGUACAGCUGCUCAGACAGACACAGAGAAAAUUGUGUGAGUGUGAGAGGGGUGGCGGGAGGAGAGAACCACGUGAUAGGAAAGGAAAAAGGCGGCAGCAAAGGAAGGGCAGUGUCAGACUCCCAGGCAGAGCCGAUUGUGACACACACAGAGGCGCUGCUGGAAGCAGCAACAGAAGCAGCAAGCAGGAGGAGCUGCAACUCUGGAAGUUGGCAGUUUCCCGGGACUCCCCGGGCUGAGCGUACGCGCCGUGUGUGUCGGAGGGAGAGAGAGAGAGAGUGACGGGAAGGGGAAAGAUUGCAAAGCUUCAAAAGGAGGCGAGCCUGUGUCUUACGCGGCCAGCGGAGGACUUGGAUCAUGGAGAGCCCCAAACUGGAAUCCAUUUAGCCAAGAGGAGGAGGAGGAGGAGACGGCGUCGGGCAGGGAGAGAAGAGCCGAGAGGCUGGAGCCAUGGCUCGGCUGGGCUCGCGGGCCGUCCGACUUGGCCCGCCGCGGCACCCUUGAGCGCUUCUAUGGGGGAUCCCCCGCUGGGCGGGAGUAGCCGCGGGCCCCAGCAGCUCCAAGCCCCCAGCGCAGGCGCGCCCUGAUGGAGCCGGAGGGAAGGAAGAUCUCGGUGUGGAUCUGCCAGGAGGAGAAGCUGAUCUCGGGGCUUUCCAAGCGCACCACUUGCUCGGAUGUGGUGCGGGUGCUACUGGAGGACAGCAAGCAGAGCCGACGGCGGAGGCAGCAGCAGCAGCAGCAGCUGGCGUCGCUGCAGGAGUGCGGCGGGGGGAUGCUGUCGGGGGUCCCGCAGUCUUACUGCAUCGUGGAGAAGUGGCGCGGCUUCGAGCGGAUCCUGCCCAACAAGACCAAGAUCCUGCGGCUCUGGGCCGCCUGGGGGGACGAGCAGGAGAACGUGCGCUUCGUGCUGGUGCGCAGCGAGGCGUCGCUGCCCAACACGGGCCCGCGCAGCGCCGAGGCCCGCGUGGUGCCCAGCAAGGAGAGCCCCUGCCAGCAUGGCUUGGCCACGGCGGCGGCGCGGGCCAGCCUGGCGCUGACCCAGGAGCGGCAACGGCGCGUGGUGCGCAAGGCCUUCCGCAAGCUGGCCAAGAUCAACAAGCGCAAGGGGCAGCCGUCGGGGCAGCCCGACGAGCCGCCGGCCAAGGAGGCGCCGGCCGCCGAGAGGAUGGAGACGCUGGUGCACCUCGUGCUGUCGCAGGACCACACCAUCCGCCAGCAGGUGAAGCGCCUCCGCGAGCUGGACCGCGAGAUCGACCGCUUCGAGGCCAAGAUCCACUUCGACCGCAUGAAGCGCCACGGCGUCAAUUACGUGCAGGACACUUACCUGGUGGGCGGCGGCGGCGGCGACACGGAGGUCCCCGACGGCGGGGAGGAAAAGGAAGGGGAAGCGCAGGGGGGAUUGGAGGCGGCGACCCUCGACGGCGACCUGGAGGAGUACGCGCGCAAGUGCGAGGAGGUGGCGCUGCUGCAGGAACAGUGGCGCCGCCAGGAGGACCUGCUGGAGCACUUGGCCGGCGAGAUCCAGGAGGAGCUGAACGAGCGCUGGAUGAAGCGGCGGCGGGAGGAGCUGGCGGCCGCCAAGGGCUCCAGCGCCAGCCUCUCCGAGACGGACUGCAACACCACCGAGCUGGUGGGCGGCGGCGGCGGCGGCGGGGAGCUGCACGUCGAGCAGGAGCGCGUCAAGACGCAGCUGAGCACCAGCCUCUACAUCGGGCUGCGCCUCAGCACCGACCUGGAGGCCGUCAAGGCCGACCUGGACUCGACGCAGCGCGCCUGGGCCGACAAGGAGAGCGAGCUGCAGCGCCUCCUCGACACCAUCCGCUCCCUCGACGUCCAGGAGGAGGCGGGCGGCGAGCUCGAGCAGGAGGCGGCCCCGUCUCUCCAGCUCCCCGUCGAAGACGACGACGACGACGACGGGGGCCAGCUUCCCCCCGACCCGGCCCCGAUCACCGCGGAGGUGUGGGGGGAGCAGGCUGCGCGCGGCUUGCGCAAAGACUGCGACGACAACGACGAGGAUUCCGACACGGGCUUGAGCUCCAUGCACAGCCAGGACUCGGACUCGCUGCCCGUUUGCGAAUCCCUGGUAUAGCGGCGGCCUCCCCCCUCCCCCCACAUGUCAUCUCAGGGACCGCAGAGUUGGGCUUCCCCUCGGGUUUUUAUUAUUAUUAUUAUUUGUUUGUUUGUUU